AUGGCGGCAAAGGCAACAUUCCAGGUUAUCGUCUUGGGUCCAACCGGAGGUCCUCGCGAGGACAGUUUGACUGGGCUUCUUGUCCGAUCAACAGCAACCAAUUGGUCAACCAAUUCGGUGAUUGCAGUCGAUGCAGGUACCCUUGUCUCGGGAAUCAUUUACACCUUGGAGAAAAACCAUAUAGAAACCAAAGAUGGAGUACAUAUGAUGAAUGACGGGCCCUUUGCCGGUCUCAGACUGCCCUAUGAAACAGCCCAAGCAAAUGCGGCGCACAUUUUCCGAGACAUCAUCGGGGCCGUCCUGAUCACGCAUGCCCACCUGGACCAUCUGUCGGGAUUGGCAAUUAACACGCCCAUGCUGGAAGCAGGGAACGGACCAAAACCACUGGCUGCAUUGCCGUCGAUUGUCGCUGCCAUCAAGAACCACAUGUUUAAUGAUGUGAUCUGGCCAAAUCUCUCGGAUGAAGACGGGGGAGCUGGCCUCCUCACAUACCAACGGCUAAUUGAGGGAGGGAAUCCGAGAUUCGGACGCGGGGAUGCCAAGGGGUAUAUCAGAGCGUGCGAUGGUCUGUUAGCCAGAUGUCUUGGUGUCAGUCAUGGGCGUUGCAGACAACGCUACCAUCCAGAGAGCGGAACACAUCAUCGCGUCGGUAGCUCAGUUUUUGCUGCAGAUCCCUUGCUGCUGCCAUCAAGAGCUAUAUCGGUUGAUCACACUACUGAUGCAGGGAUCUAUUCGCCUGCUCGCUCCCCGCGCCUUCUUUCAGCGAGCGCAAAAGAUGCUAUCUGGGCAACGGUGGACAGCUCUGUUUUCUUCCUGCGUGACCAUCACACUGGUAACGAGAUUGUUAUCUUUGGCGAUGUUGAACCGGAUUCUAUCUCGCUUGAUCCCCGCAAUAAACGCAUCUGGGAGACCGCGGCGCCCAAAAUUGUAGCCGGAAAGUUGCGUGCUAUUUUCAUUGAAUGCUCGUACGACGAUUCUGUCGAUGAUGCCAGUCUAUACGGCCAUCUCUGUCCACGACAUUUGAUUGCGGAAUUAAGCGUACUGGCUGGAAAGGUCGUGGAAGCCAAACACCCUAACAUUGCGAUCCCAGCGUUCGGAAAACGCAAGCGUUCAGACACCCAUGCCAAUGAUAGAAGUGCGGAUCAAUUGAGUCCGAGAUCAAAACGACCUCAAAGCUUCUCAGUCGCACCGGAGAAAGGGUCGAACCCCACCAGUUUGGCCUCUGCCACGAUAGACAUACGGCCACGAUUCCACUCGUCCGGGUCUGGCUUGGCGGAGGUUCCUGAACUAGUGUACGAUGGGCAGACACCGAGCUGUCACGGACCUGACGAUAUUGGUGAUCAUCAGAAUCUAUCUGAUUUUACUCCAUCGCCGACUGUCCCUGACAGAGCCCAGAGUGCAGAUUCUAGCUCUCUCCCUUUGAGCGGGCUACCGAUCUACAUCAUUCAUAUCAAAGAAGAUUUGACGGACGAUCUCCCACCUCGGGAACGAAUCUUGCAACAGCUUCGGACCCGAGGAGAAGCAGCAAAGCUGGGCUUAACUUCUUUCGCUCUCGAUCUGCCACUGUCCUAG